AUGGAGAAUGUUACUCAACACCAGCCUUCUACAUUAACAUCUGGUGUUGUUUCAACUGAUGUUGCUGCAACUGAAAUUCACGUUGUUGGGCUUCCUCCACUUGGAAAGAAAAGAAAACCAAAUGCUAAUGGUCCUAGGAAAUCGUCUCCUGCAUGGGACCACUUUAUUAAAUUACCUAAUGAAACUGAACUAGUAGCUGCUUGUAAACACUGUCAUAAAAAGUAUUUGUGUGAUCCAAAAUCCCAUGGGACAUCUAACAUGCUUGCUCACACAAAAAUAUGCACCGGGAGGCCACAAAAUGAUCCUACACAAACUGCCAUUUCCUUUGCUAGUGGAGAGGGUGGUGGCUUGGUUGCUGCAAGCCAACGAUUUAAUAUGGCAGCUUGUAGAAAGGCUAUUGCUCUAUUCGUGAUCCUAGAUGAACAUUAUUUUAGAGUAGUUGAAGGGGAGGGAUUUAAGUUGCUAUGCAAACAAUUACAACCCCAAUUAACUAUUCCAUCGAGGAGGACUGUGGCGAGGGACUAUUUUCAACUUUUUGUUGAUGAAAAAGUAAGAUUGAAAGGUUAUUUUAAAUCUGAUUGCAAUAGGGUAGCCUUAAUCACUGAUUGUUGGACAUUCAUUCAAAAUCUUAGCUACAUGACCCUAACUGCACACUUUAUUAAAAAUGAUUGGAAGUAUGAAAAUAGAAUUCUAAGUUUUUGUUUAGUUCCUAAUCAUAAGGGUGAGACAAUUGGUAGGCAAGUUGAAGAGAUAUUAAGGGAGUGGGGAAUAAGGAAUGUAUCCACAAUCACAGAGGACAAUGCAACAUCUAAUUAUGUAGUUGUUGCUUAUUUGAAGAAGAAGAUUAAUAAUAUGGGUGUUUUAAUGAGUGAUGGGUCUUUCUUUCAUCUUCGUUGUUGUGCACACAUUCUAAAUCUGGUGGUUCGUGAUGGUAUAAAACAAAAUGAAUUAUCUAUUUGUGCCAUUAGAAAUGCUGUUAGAUUUGUGAGAUCAUCACCCCAAAGAUCAUCAAAGUUCAAAGAAUGUAUUGAGUUUGCUAGAAUUAAUUAUAAGAAAAUUUUAUGUCUUGAUGUUCCAACAAGGUGA